UUCAGUGGUCUGUGCUUCCGCCUCUAGGAAAGAAAGGGUUUCUCUGUUACCUCGUUGCCACAAAUAUCAUGGCACCAAAGAAGGAUAAGGCUCCUCCACCUUCCUCCAAGCCCGCCAAAUCUGGCGGUGGCAAGCAGAAGAAGAAGAAGUGGAGCAAGGGAAAGCAAAAGGAGAAGGUGAAUAACAUGGUGCUAUUUGAUCAGGGUACCUAUGACAAACUCCUCUCAGAAGCACCCAAAUACAAGCUCAUCACUCCUUCAAUUCUCUCUGAUCGUAUGAGGAUUAAUGGAUCACUUGCAAGGAAGGCUAUAAGAGAACUGAUGGCCAGAGGUUCAAUCAGGAUGGUGUCUGCCCAUGCCAGUCAGCAAAUUUACACCAGGGCAACAAACACCUAAAUGUGUGAUUGUUCCUAGGUUAUGGAGUACUAGUAGAAAUAGUGAAGUAUGUUCUUUUGAAGUUUAAGAUGCAUCUCAUACUAGCUUCUCAGUUCUCGAUUGUUGUUGAAUCCAGGCUGAGAUUGUAUUUUUGGUUUCCUUCCAUGUUUUGAUCUUUUAAAAUAUUCUGGCUGUUGUCUUUUCUUUACAUGUUUUGUUUUGUUGACUUGAUUUGUUAACGUGCCGGAGAUUCUUUUUGAAAGCAAAACCAAUUGGAAAAUGUCGGAUAUUUAGUAAUGGAUUUAGAUUGGGUUGGUUUA